AUGGAGGCUACACGGGGCCCUCCGCGCGUCAAGAACAAGGCGGCCGCGCCCAUCCAGAUCAGUGCCGAACAACUGCUGCGUGAGGCCGUCGACCGUCAAGAUGAGAAGCUCAAGGCGCCGACGCAGCGCUUUGCUGACCUCGAGGAACUGCACGAGCACCAGGGCCGCAAGAGGAAGGAGUUUGAAGACUAUGUCAGGCGUAACAGGAUCAACAUGAACAACUGGAUGCGCUAUGCACAGUGGGAACUUGAACAGAAGGAAUUCAGGCGCGCGCGGUCCGUCUUUGAGCGCGCACUCGAUGUCGACAGUACAAGCGUUGCGCUGUGGCUGCGGUACAUCGAGGCGGAGAUGAAGAACCGCAACAUCAACCAUGCGAGAAAUCUGCUGGACCGCGCCGUGACCAUUCUUCCCAGGGUGGACAAACUGUGGUACAAAUAUGUCUACAUGGAGGAAACGUUGGGCAACAUUGAUGGCGCGCGGUCAGUCUUUGAGAGAUGGAUGCAAUGGGAGCCCGAAGAGGCAGCCUGGUCUUCGUACAUCAAGCUGGAAAAGAGGCAUGGUGAGUUUGAGAGAGCGAGGGCCAUAUUCGAGCGCUUCACAGUCGUCCACCCCGAACCGAAAAAUUGGAUCAAGUGGGCCAAGUUUGAGGAGGAGAAUGGUACGAGCGACCUCGUGCGCGACGUAUAUGGAACAGCCGUGGAGACCCUGGGUGACGACUUCAUGGACGAAAAGCUAUUCAUGGCGUACGCCAAGUUCGAGGCCAGGUUAAAAGAGUUGGAACGCGCUCGAGCCAUCUACAGAUUUGCGCUGGAUCGCAUGCCUCGCUCGAAAUCGCUAAACCUCCAUAAAGCCUUCACUACGUUCGAAAAGCAAUACGGCGAUCGCGACGGUAUCGAGGACGUAAUCCUGUCCAAGCGGAGAGUGCACUAUGAAGAGCAAAUCAAGGAGACUGCCAAAAACUACGAUGCCUGGAUAGACUUUGCGCGACUGGAAGAAACCUCGGGAAACACCGAUCGCGUACGGGACGUUUACGAACGCGCAAUUGCACAAAUACCCCCUACACAAGAGAAGCGACAUUGGCGACGAUACAUCUACCUUUGGCUCUUCUACGCUGUCUUUGAAGAAACAGUCUCUCGUGACAUAGAUCGAACGCGGCAAAUCUACCAAGAAUGCAUACGCCUGCUGCCCCACAAACGCUUCACUUUUGCCAAAGUCUGGCUCAUGUUCGCACACUUUGAAGUCCGACAAGGCCAGCUCACCACAGCGCGGAAGCUUCUCGGCCAGUCAAUCGGCAUGUGUCCCAAAGACAAGCUGUUCAAGGGCUACAUUGAGCUGGAAAUGAAACUCUUCGAAUUCAACCGCUGCCGCCAACUGUACACAAAAUACAUUGAAUGGAAUGGCGCAAACUGCCAAACCUGGAUCAAAUUCGCCGAACUCGAACGCGGACUCGACGACCUCGACCGCACGCGCGCAAUUUUUGAACUCGCCGUCGACGAGCCCCAACUCGACAUGCCCGAGCUCCUCUGGAAAGCCUACAUUGACUUUGAAGAAGCAGAAGGCGAAUACGACAGGACGCGCGCGCUGUACGAACGCCUCCUCUCCAAAACAGACCACGUCAAGGUCUGGACAUCCUGGGCCCAAUUCGAACUCAGCGUGCCCGACGAAGAAGACCAAGAUACCCCCGCCGCCAACACCGACGACGAACAAGACCGCCCCAUCAGCGCAGCUGCCAAAUCCCGCGCCCGCGACAUCUUCAAGCGCGCACAUGCGCGCCUCAAGGAGAAAGAUCUCAAGGAAGACCGCGUCGCCCUGCUCACGGCCUGGCGCUCCUUUGAAGCCAUACACGGCUCCCCGCAGGACCAAGAGGAUAUCGAAAAGCAGAUGCCGCGCAAGGUCAAGAAGAGGAGAAAGCUUGACGACGAUAGCUUCGAGGAGUAUGUCGAUUAUGUGUUUCCCGCUGAUGAUGAGAGUGCGGCCAAGUUGGCGAAACUUAUGGCGAAUGCGCAGAAGUGGAAGAUGGAGCAGGCGAAGAAGGCGGCGGCGAAGGAGGAGGAGGAGGGCGGUGGGGAUGGGGAGUAG